GUGGGAACUGUGUUUUGCUUUCGACGCCUUGGAAUUCAAUUGUUUAGAAAAAAAAGGAGGAGAAAUUUGUGGUGAAGUAGGAAGGAAGAAGGGUCUUGGAUUCUUCGUUGGUCCGUGGGCGGCCCCAACUGUAACCUUCAACUUUGCUUGAAUUUACGGUGUCUGCCAAUUUCACCCAAAAGAGGAAAUUAAAUAAAUAUUAAGCAAAGGUGAAAAAACAAAGCUUGUGCAGAGACGUCUUCUUUCCCCUUCCCUUUCCUUCCCUUUUAUUUCGUGUUUCCUAGCUCCGCGUAUUCGACAAUCAGUCAGUUACCGGAUAUCAGGAGUAGUUAGUUUUUGCCAUCUGAUUCAUCGUCGAGGCCUUCUUUCUCGAUUUCCGGCGACUAGUUUUUCUCGGCUUCUUCUGUAGAUCUGAGGCGUUAUUUGAUUGAUUUUCUCAGUUGUGGUCUAUUUUGCGGUUUGUGAGAUGAAAAUUCUGUGAAGGUAUUUUGGGUUUUGGGGCUAAGGCUUUUUCGGAGAUAUGGAGGAGUUAGGUGCGCAAGUUGCUCCUCCAAUAUUCAUCCAUCAAGCGCUUUCUAGCCGAUUUUGUGACGCGACUUCCAUGGCCAAAAAGCGUGAUCUUUCUUAUCAAACACCCAAUUUUCAGCUCCAGCAGCAGCAUCGUUUUGUUCCAAACCCUAGAGACAACUGGAAUCCCAAGGCAUGGAACUGGGAUAGCAUCAGGUUUGUCGCUAAACCCUCAGAUGCUGACACCAACGCUUUGCAAUUGGGCUCUGCAACCUUGGAGCCGAAGAAGAAGACUGAAGCUUCUGGAAAUCAUUUGCCUUUGAAAAAGGCCGCUGUGGAUGAAGACGAUGGACUUCGCUUGAAUCUUGCUGGAGGCUUGAAUUCUGUUGAGGAGCCUGUCUCCAGGCCCAAUAAAAGAGUCCGCUCUGGAUCUCCUGGCACAGCUACCUAUCCAAUGUGCCAGGUCGAUAACUGUAAGGAAGAUCUAACUAGUGCAAAGGACUAUCACCGCCGUCAUAAAGUUUGUGAGGUUCAUAGCAAAUCCACUAAAGCUCUUGUCGGGAAGCAGAUGCAAAGGUUUUGUCAGCAGUGUAGCAGGUUUCAUCCACUUUCUGAGUUUGAUGAGGGGAAGAGAAGUUGUAGGCGUAGGCUUGCUGGGCACAACCGACGGAGGAGGAAAACCCAACCUGAGGAUGUUACCUCAAGGCUGCUACUCCCUGGAAACCGGGAUUCCACAGGAAAUGCAAAUUUAGAUAUAGUUAACUUGUUAACUGCUUUGGCACGCACUCAAGGGGAGAAUGAGGGAAAAAUUAUCAAUAACGCACCAGUGCCAGAUAGGGACCAACUCAUUCAAAUUCUGAGUAAAAUAAAUUCAUUACCUUUGCCAAUGGAUCUAGCUGCUAAGCUUUCAAAUAUCAAAAGUCUAAAUAGGAAAAAUCCUGAACAACCAUUAUCCGAUCUCCAAAAUGGGUUGCUUGGAACUACAUCUUCACCAUCAACUAUGGACUUACUUGCUGUUCUUUCAGCAACUUUGACAGCAUCUGCACCAGAUGCUCUUGCAAUUCUAUCUCAAAGAAGCAGCCAGAGCAGUGACAGUGAGAAAUCUAAGUCGACUUGCCCUGAUCAAGGAACAGGUCACAAUCUGCAGAAGAGACCUAUUGUAGAAUUCCCAUCUGUGGGUGGUGAGAGAAAUAGUAGCUGUUACCAAUCUCCUGUUAAAGAUUCAGACCACCGGCUUCAAGAAAGUUGUCCUAAUUUACCUUUACAGCUGUUUAGCUCAUCACCUGAGGAUAAUAGUCCACCAAAACUGGCAUCUUCUAGGAAGUAUUUCUCUUCUGGCAGUAGUAAUCCAAGUGAAGGUAGAUCUCCAUCAUCAUCUCCUCCACUUAUGCAGAGGUUGUUUCCAUUGCAAAGCACAGCAGAGACUGUGAAAUCUGAGAAGAUGUCAAUCAGUAGAGAGGUCAAUGCCAACGCUGAAGGUAGCAGAACUCAUGGAUGUGUUGUGCCUCUUGAGCUCUUUAGAGAUUCAAAUGGAGGAGCUGACCAAAGUUCAUUUCAAACUUUUCCAUAUCAAGCUGGAUAUACAUCUUCCUCUGGGUCAGAUCAUUCACCUUCUAGUCAGAACUCUGAUGCUCAGGAUCGCAGUGGGCGAAUAAUUUUUAAACUCUUUGACAAAGAUCCGAGCCAUUUUCCAGGGAAACUUCGAGCACAGAUCUAUAAUUGGCUUUCUAACAGUCCAUCUGAAAUGGAGAGCUACAUAAGGCCUGGUUGUGUGGUUCUCUCAGUUUAUUUGUCUAUGUCAUCUGCAACUUGGGAUCAACUUGAAAGAAACCUGCUUCAGCAAGUCUAUUCUUUGGUUCAAGAUUCAGAAUCUGAUUUUUGGAGGAGUGGGAGAUUUUUAUUACAUACGAGCAGGCAACUAGCAUCGCAUAAAGAUGGAAAUAUUCGUUUAUGCAAAUCCUGGAGAACAUGGAGUUCCCCAGAGUUAAUCUCAGUGUCCCCAUUGGCAGUUGUUGGUGGGCAAGAGACCUCCCUUCUGUUAAGGGGAAGAAAUCUGACUAAUCCUGGCACCAAGAUCCAUUGCACUUAUAUGGGAGGAUACACAUCAAUGGAUGUCAUUGGGUCAACUUCUCCAGGAGCCAUGUAUGAUGAGAUAAAUGUGAACGGUUUUAAAAUUCAUGGGGCUUCUUCUAGUGUUUUGGGUCGCUUUUUCAUUGAAGUGGAAAAUGGUUUCAAGGGCAACAGUUUUCCAGUAAUAAUAGCCAAUGCUACAAUCUGUAAAGAGCUGAGACUUCUUGAAUCUGAGUUUGAUGAAGGGGCUAAAGACAGUGAUAUCAUUUCAGAAGAACAAGCUCAAUGCUUGGAUCGGCCUAGGUCAAGGGAGGAAGUUCUGCACUUUUUGAAUGAACUUGGAUGGCUAUUCCAACGGAGAAAAGUGUCUUCUAUGUUUAAGCUUCCAGAUUAUUCACUUAGACGGUUCAAGUUUUUACUCAUUUUCUCAGUUGAAAGAGACUAUUGCGUGUUGGUCAAAACAAUUUUGGACAUGCUGGUAGAAAGAAAUUUGGACAUGAGUGGGCUAUCCAAGGAGUCAUUGGAAAUGCUUUCUGAGAUCCAGCUUGUGAACCGAGCUGUCAAAAGGAAGUGCAGGAAAAUGGUGGACUUGCUCAUCCAUUAUUCCAUUAAUGGCAGUGAUGUUUCCUCUAAAAAAUAUAUUUUCCCACCAAAUCUUGCUGGACCUGGUGGUAUCACAUCUCUACAUUUGGCUGCUUGCACUUCAGGUUCUGAGGAGUUAGUUGAUGCUUUGACAAAUGACCCACAGGAGAUUGGGUUGUCCUGUUGGAGUUCUCUUCUGGAUGCAAAUAGUCAGUCUCCAUACGCUUAUGCUGUUAUGACGAAUAACCACUCGUAUAACACGAUGGUGGCUCGUAAACUUGCUGACAAAAGAAAUGGUCAAGUUUCUGUAAUAGUUGGAAAUGAGAUGGGGCAACCAUCGUCUUCAGGGAUGACAUCAAAUUUUCAGCAAGGGCGCGGAUCUUGUGCAAAGUGUGCGGCUGUGGCAGCAAAAUACAACAGAAGGGUUAUGGGUUCUCAGGGCUUGCUUCAGCGUCCCUAUGUUCAUUCAAUGCUCGCCAUUGCAGCUGUAUGUGUUUGUGUGUGUCUGUUCUUGCGAGGUGCCCCAGAUAUUGGCUUAGUUGCUCCCUUCAAAUGGGAAAAUUUGGAUUAUGGCACCAUAUAGUGAUAACAUGAAACUUUUUUGGUGAGAAACAGAAAGGAGUCAAAGAAAUAACCUACUUGGAGCAGACAAAAAGCUUGCAAUCAAAGAUAUUUGUCCAUAUGAUGCAGUUAUUUCUGGAAAGGAAAAUGAGUUAUGCCGUUAGGGCAGGGGGUUCCCUGCCUAUUAGAGAGGAGGAAAUAGGUGCAGCUGCUGGCAUCAAAUGUUGCCUGCAAAUGUUAACAAACCUGAGUAGGCUAUGCCCUUUUAUUGCCGUUUACUGUUUGGGAUCACAAAAUGUCUCUGGAGUCUUGAAGAGAACAGCUGUUGGAUGCAGUAUGAGCUGGGAGAGAGCAGAAAUCUGAAGGACCAUUUUCAUUGAAGUGUAAACCCAGGCAAAGGGAAAUAUUCUAAUUUAUAUAAGCCGUUUCUUCCUUAUUGAUUUCUUCACCACCCCCCACCCACCCCCCGAGAGCUACUAAGUUUGGCGUAUUACUGACAAUGUAUUUGAUUUCUUUACUGUAAAGUUGAUCAUUAGGAUCAGUCACAGAGCUGAAAUAUUUUAUGAGCCAAUAGUGAAAUAUUUGUUAAAUUAUAUUUGAAAUAACAGGCAUGUUCCAUCUA